CUGUUGACAGUUGCCACUUCACAGACUGAGAAUGAUGCCUUCAUACUGUAAAAAUCUUAAACAUUGCAACAACACAAUAGGUAUAGAAAUUAAUUGCAGUACUGUAUAGUAGGUUAAAAAUUGCACAUGUAUGGGAAUGAGCAUGUGGCAAUGGAAGUUGUGGCUGUCUUGAGCUGUUUUAUCCAGUACACUCAUCAUAGGGCCUGGGUGAGCCACAGGUUGUGAUGUAUGGCAAUACACUUCUCAUCAGUGAUCAAGCUUUUGGAAUCACCUUAUAGAAGUAUUACAGCAUCCUUCUCAUUAUUAUGAGAUUUUCAUCUUUCUGCUUUGAAACCAGCUUGCAGUGACCUCACAUUUCUGGUCAGUCAAUCUCUGCUUUAGCAAGAGUGACUACAAUGUUUCAUUGAGUGAAGAGUCACGUACCGUGACCUUUGAGCUGCUGUAGGUUCAACUCGCUAGUAUUGGUUAGAGGCAGUUAUGAUGUAGGGGCAUAAAUGUAAUGCUUGUGCAGUGCCUCCUUUUGUAACGUGUCAUGCCAUUCUUGAUGUGAUCAGUGCAGGAUGAUAAGACCCGGGUCACAUUGACUCCAUGUAUUAAUUGAAUCGAUCAGAUCCUGAGAACGUGAGAGAAUGUGAACCAAUUCUCAUGAGGGUAGAAAGUAAACUGGUAAUGUACAGCUCAGCCUUACAGAAACAACAUUGCAGAUUUAUGUCAGUGCACAGAUUUACUUAUCCUUUAACUGACCAUGCAGAUGAAUUUGUCUGCCCAUGAAGCUUAUUAAGUAGGAAAAAUCUACAGUUUUUGCCAUGUCUACUUGGAUGAAUUUGUUGCCUAUCAUUCUCUCUCUCUCUCUCUCUCUCUCUCUCUCUCUCUCUCUCUCUCUCUCUCUCUCUCUCUCUCUCUCUCUCUCUCUCUCUCUCUCUCUCUCUCUCUCUCUCUCUCUCUCUCUCUCUCUCUCUCUCUCUCUCUCUCUCUCGUUUUAGGUAUUGGGACCAUAGCGUCUGUCAGGAGCCAAUAUAUUUUUUUGGAUUCUUUUUAAUAAGCAUUCUUUUCCUCUUUAAAGAACAUCUUACAGUUUCAUUAUCAGAUUACUGAGUAUAGUGUUUAUCACUGAGCUCAUGAAAUAUCUUAUCAACUAUUUUGCCUGUGAUAAGGAUUAAGAUGAUGUGACACUGCUCUACUUGAGAUGAUAUCCUCUCUGUGAUAUCUAUGAUGACUCCAACAUACAUCUUUGAUUUUUUUAUAUUUUUUAUGUGAUGAGACUGGUUUUGCUGCAUCACCAUUGAUGCAUCUGAUAGUUUAAGUGUAUCUGCAGAUCUUGACAGUUGCUUUUGUGGGAUUCUAAGAACUGACUUGCUUGAACAAAAAACUGCCUUGAUGCUGGUGACUUAUUUGAUGAUGUGUUGAGCUUUAUUUAUCACAAGGUGUUGCCCUUUAGGUAGUGAGGAGAGACAGGUACCAGCAGGAGCAGUAGUGGUAACAACAGCAGGAUGGGGAGCUUCAGCAAGAUCCUGCCAUACUCCUGCUAUGAGCUCGGCCACUGCUGGAAACACUCGUGCUCCUCAGCCUCCUUUGAAAUCUGUAUCAUUGGGUUCAUUGAAAGCAUCAAAAUCUAUGGUGUGGUGUACUUGCUAACCAGUCUUGUGAAUGCUCGGAAAAUAAGUAUGAAGUAUGGAAAAAAGCUCUUGAAGAACUACUUAACAACAUCAGUUUGUUUCCUGACAGUCAAUGCUUUUGGGUACAUUGGCUCCUACUGUGUUGUCAGACACAUUCUGCAGCACUUCAACUUUUUCACAGUCUCCUUUGUGCCAGGGUUCAUUGGCAGCCUCAUGGCCAUCCUAGUGGAACGGCCAGCACGACGAACACUCCUGGGCAUCUAUGUUACCAAUGUGUGAGCUGAGGGUCGGUGAAGCGCACAAGUGGGUCAGCAUUCUCAUACCAGAACCGGUCACAGCAGCGGAGGUUCCUGAACUGAAUGCCAAGGAUGCAGCCGAACGUGGGACCGACCAGUCCACCGUGCAGCGGCGUCUCAAUCAAUCCACCAGUGAACAGAUCUAUGUCAUCCACGUGUGCGUACGUCCGUUUCAUUCGCUCGAUCACCGGCCUCGCUAUCUCCCUGUGCAGGUCAUCAAACGACCUCGCCCUGGUCAGGUUACAGAGGGCCCUGUACUCAUUGUAAGGCUGCAGUCCAUGGUCUCUGCCUCGCUGGAUGUUGAGGGCAGCCAGGUCCAGGCCAGAGAAUGGCUGCCGCUUGUCUUCAAAGAGAUGGUUGGUCACCUCAUCUGUCAAGAACUGGUCCAGUGUCUCCAUGGACACAGUAGUCAGGCCGUGGAUGAUCUCAUCAAGCAUCCCAGGCUGGUAGAGUAGGUCUGGGUUGAAGAAGUGUUCGCUCAGCUUGACAGGAGGGUUGCGCUUGGCAAAUAUUCCAUCCAUGCGCUCCAGGGAAGGCUUGAGUAGAGAGUGGCCAAAGC